AUGUCGAGUUCUGUUCAUGAUAUAUCUCAAUCAACUGCCACAUCCAUAUGUUCCGUCACAUCAAAUGGAGAACAAGAAAAAUUAAAUAACACAUUUACACCAUUUAUUCAACAACGUUUAAAUGAUGAAAAUCAACGUGAACAAGUUAUGCUCAAUCUCGCUGCAAUCGAACGUACAACAAAAAUAUUGAUGAAUGAAUUUUCAUACGUGAACAAUAAUAUCAGCAAUACUGUUUCUCAUAAUCCAGCAACUAAUUCGACUACAUCCACCUCUUCAACACUAUUAACAUCAGAAAUACCAUCCAUAUGUCAAUUACAAAAUACAGAAUUGUACCAUCAGCAAUUAAUUUAUCAAACAACAUCAUUUUUGGCUCAAACUCAAUCUUUGUUACAAAAUCUCUCGUCUAGUUUAAUUGCUACUCAAAUGACGUCGCCAACACAAGAGUCAGCAAUACAAGCAACAGUCACACCCUCUCAAGAAGUAUUACUGACUAAUAAUGGAAAGAAUAAUAAAACUACAAACAAACGCGAAACGAAAAUUAAAAAUAAAAAAAUAAAAGAUUUACCAACGAAAACUAUACGACAAUUAUCGCCCUCACUAUCUCCCGUAAUUUCACCCAAUUUUUAUGAAACAACUCAAACGGACGAUACAACGGAAGACACGAUAAAACGAACAGUAGUAUCGCCAAAUUGUACAAAAAAAAGUUGUUCAUUCUCUACUAUUACUUUAAAUUCAUCAAAAAAACAAACAUCAAAACAAUCCUUACCUCGAUCAGAUAAGGCUACAAUCUAUUAUCGAAAAAAUUUUUCUAAAAUUCAAUCAGCAUCAAUCACUAUUAAUGAAAUAUUAGAGAAAAAUAUAUCGAUUUAUAAUCUGAUAGAAGAUUAUCCUAUUAUUCGGGAUUCUAGACCACCAAAUUAUCAGACACUGUUACCUGUAUUACGUGAAAUAAAAGGUGUUGAUAAAUUAAUAUUAAGUUUAUAUCGAAAAAUUUUGACCUAUGAAGAACGUAUGUGUUGUAAUCUCAAGGGUACAAACGGUUUUUUACCUUAUCCAGAACAUAAGAUGAUUUGGAUUGAUUUUACAAUGAUGUUAAUAUUAAAUGAUCGAAAACAAAUUGAUUGUUAUACAGAUUUAGAACGACAACGUUUAUAUGAACUAUGUGAUAAAGAAAAUUUAUCUGAAUACGCAGAAAUUGUGAAAAAAUGGAAUAAAAAUUCUAAAAGAUAUUUUGGAUUAAAUGAAGAAAUAUUUAAAAAAAUUUUACAGAGAACAAAAACAGAUGAAAAACAAUUUGUGAUUGAUUUAUUUUAUGCAACAUUACCCACAGAAGAUAUUAAAUGUAUGAUUGAAGCGAAAAGAAAGACUAUAUCAUGGACUGAUAAUAGUAUUAUUAUUUGUUAUGCUCGACCAGUACAUGUACACUGGAUAAAACAGCAGUGGAUGAAACAUUUUUUUGAAGUAGAUAAAACAAAAAAGAAUAGAAAUGAACAAGAAUUAGAAAUUAUUCGAUGGAAAAAAUGUAUCAAUUGGGUUAUUAAUGAUUUAAUGGAAAAUGGUUUAAGAAGAAACCAUGAUAUCAAUAAUGAUGUUGAAAAGCAGAUGAAAGAAGAUACUCAAUUACAAAAAAGAAAAUCAGACUUAAAAAUAAUCGAAAAUUCAACAGGAGAACCAUCAAUAAUAUUAGAACGUAUAAAUGCAAAUAUAACGUCAUCUAGGAAUAAAAAAUUCAAAACAGAUUCAACUAUUAAUAAUGACCAACAGAGUACAAAUAAUAAAACGGUAAUAGUUUUACCAAAAUUAUUACCAUCUGAUCAACAAGUUCAGACAAUCUCUCGAAUAAAUUUAAAUGUUGUUGAAUAUGCUGUAAAAUUAGCACAAUUAAUUUAUGAUUUUAAUAAGGAGCUAUACAAUGAAGAAGAACAAAUAAAUUCAUCUCUCUCAUUAUGGCCAAAUUUAAAACAAUUACAAUGGAUAUAUGAUCUGACAUUUCGCUAUUAUUAUGUAUCGGAACAAAAUCGUAUUAAAAUAUGGUAUGAUUGUUUAUGUUCAUUUCCAAAAAUAUUUUCUAAUCAAGAUUUAUCCUUUGAAAAUUUUCAUCAACUAUUUUAUCAAAAACUGAAUGAAGAAAAUAAUAAUGAAAUUAACCUUGAACGUUUAAUAAUCAUAACAAAAAUGGAAGAUAAAAAUGAUAAUUGA